AUGAGUGACGCAUACGUGCGCGAGCAACAAAACAAUGCGCUCUUAGAUGCUCUGGCGCAAAAGACACGGGCGUUGAAAUCAGUCACAAUCGAUAUAUAUGACAAUGCCAGGGAUCAUAAUACAAUCGAGAACACUGUUCGUGGUACCCACCUCCUCACCCACGUGUCUAGCGAAGUCUUCUCGUCCCUGUCGACAAAUAUCAGAGGAAGUGCCGGUCGCUUAACACGCAUGGCGAAACAAGGGGAUCGAAUUGCCAUAACGAAGGUAGCGGGGAUUGUUGUCGUCAUCGGGUUUGCUCUUUGGCUUAUUUUGGGAUGGAUAUUUUGA